AUGGUCGGAGUCCCACGGCGUUCGAGGGCUUGUGCGACGUGUAAGAAGAGGAAAGUCGCUUGUGAUGCGCAGAGUCCUUGUGGACAAUGCGUCAAAGCCAAGUUGAAGUGUUCGACACCGGGAGGGUUUAUUUUCGUGCCGAAUGAAGCGGGUUCGCAUAGGACGGUUUAUAAGAAGGGGUUGGGGAGGGGUGUGCUUGAUGAUGGAGAAGAGUCUUCGAGUGACCUGCCGACUUCGUCGAGCACGAAGCAGCAGCAGGGUAGCACGGCCGUUCCGCCACCGGCUAGAUGUUCGAGAACAGUCGACUCCAAUGGACCUGCUCUCCCUAAGCAAAUGCCAGCCUUAAAGGCCGUCCGCCAACAACUCGUCGCCUCCUUCAUCUCCCGCUCCGACCCCACAGCAAUCGCCACCGCAAACCCGCACAACGAAGCCUCCAUGCUGCACUCCUGGUACAACUACCUCUUCGCCUGCUCCACAGCCCACGACAGCCUCGGCCUCUCCUCCGGCGCCCUCGCUUGCUACACCGCGUUCUUCGGCCGGCGCGACAAUGACCUCUCCCUGAUAGACGCGAGUCGACGACUCUACGCAGAAAGCCUUGGGCGGACGCAGCGGGCGCUGAGACGAAGGGAGACGGCGCUGAGGGAUGAGACGCUCGCGGCGUGUUUGAGCCUUGUGACGUAUGAGACGUUGGAGUGUCCGGCGGAGGGUUUGAAGGGGUAUUGGUGGCAUAGUGAGGGGUGCUUGAAGUUGGUGGAGCUGAGGGGGCCGGCGGCGCAUAGGGAGGGGCCUGGAAAGGUGUUGUUUGAGGAGUUUAGGUUGCAUGGGACACUCGACGCCUUCCGUCGACAUCGACCAAACUUCCUCUCCUCGCCAGCCUGGAUGUCACUUUCUACCCAGAACGAGUCCCGGAGCGAUACCCAGAAGAUCCUCGACAUCUUCCUCCUGGGUCCUGCAGUCCUGCAGAAAGCCGACAACUUGGCACUCCUCCCAUUGGAAGAGCGCUUCCCGCUAAUGCUGAGCAUGAUCGACGACCUCUGGGACAUCGAUGAUCGGUUAAGCAAGCUGGAAAGCGAUAUCAAGAUUGCAAACCAGCAUCAUCUGAGGCCGAUAUACUGGGAGCAGCCGGCCAAGUCCGAACCCAUUGGGGAAAAAGACGACGACGCUGCUCUCUCCCACGCCAAAACCAUCUCCAUCCACUUCACCUCCGUUCCCCUCUCCCGCAUAAUAUCCUUCCUCUGGGCAAUUCAGUGCAUGGUCUGGCCAGGCCUCGUAGACCUCUACACCGGCAUAAUCGCCAUGGGCGGCUCCCCCUUAAUCGGCACACGAAUCCCCUCACUUGGCCACCGCUCCAAGUGGAUCGAGCUCGUGUGGAAAAUCACCCAGAGCAUGGAGUACUGGGAGUCUACGGCGGUGGAGGCAUAUGGGCCCGUCCGGGCGGCGCUGCAGUUUAAUGUUGUGAUUGAUGUUAUGAAGGGGAGAGAAGGUUGUGACGGGACGUUGAGGUGGGCGGAGGAGUGUAGGGAGAGGAUUGGGAGGGGUUGGUUGAGGAUUUUGAGGUUCGAGGAGAAGCGUCCAGGGGCGGGAUGA